CUUUAAUAUUCCCCCACCCCCAACAACCCGCUCUCCUUUUCACGACUGUCGUCUAUUCUCUUCCACCGCCUCCUUCUUUCACACAGCUCCACAGCGAGAUAUUUCUACGAUUUAAACAUGAACGGAAACGGGAAGACGCCGAGCACGAGUGGGACCAGCACGCCGAAAGAUGAAGGCUCGGCGGUGCCUCCGCAGGCCAGGACCUCAUGGUCGGGUUUCUUGAAGUCAAUAGCAUCCUUCAAUGGCGACCUGUCGUCUAUGACUGCGCCUCCCUUCAUCCUCUCUACUACCUCCCUUGUCGAAUUCUCCUCCUAUUGGGCGGAACACCCCUCCGUCUUCGUCGCGCCAGCUGCCGAAAAAGACCAUGCAAAGCGUGCUGUGUUGGUGUUGAAGUGGUUCUUGAGUACUCUUAAACAACAGUAUGCGAGUCGGAGUGAGAAGCUAGGUAGUGAGAAGAAGCCCCUGAAUCCCUUCUUGGGGGAGUUGUUUCUCGGGAAGUGGGAAGACGAGGCGGGAACGACACAGCUUGUGAGCGAGCAAGUUAGCCAUCAUCCUCCUGUCACAGCGUACUGCAUCUGGAACAGCAAAGCAGGCGUAAGGUUACAGGGAUACAAUGCGCAGAAAGCAUCGUUCUCACGUACCAUCAACGUCAAGCAAAUCGGUCACGCAAUCCUCCACAUCGACGAAUACGACGAAGAUUACUUCAUCACCCUCCCAUCUCUCCACAUUGAAGGCCUCAUCACCGGAUCCCCCUAUGUCGAGCUAAACCGCUGCUCCUACAUCCAAUCCUCCUCCGGCUACACUGCCAAAAUCGACUACAGCGGACGAGGCUGGCUUUCCGGUAAGAAAAACACCUUCGCCGCCACCCUCUACCCAGAAGGCAAGGAGAAAGAACCCAUAUAUCUCGUAGAUGGCCAAUGGAACGAAGGCUUCACCAUCAAGGACGCCAAAACUAAGAAAGUGCUCGACACGUAUGAUCCCAAGAUCACAAAAGUUACACCCUUGACCGUCGCCGAGCUCGAAGACCAGGAUGAAAUGGAAUCACGACGUGCAUGGAAGAAAGUUGCCGAUGCCAUCGCCAAGGGCGACAUGGACACAACAUCUUACGAGAAAUCAAUCAUAGAAAACAGCCAGCGCGAACUUCGUAAGAAAGAACGGGAAGAGGGCCGCGAAUGGGAUCGCAGGUUUUUCUCGCGCACUGAUACGUAUCCGCUGUUACAGAAAAUGGCUGCGAAAAUUGGCGAGCAGAUUAAUGACAAUUUGACAAGUGGCGUGUGGAUUUUUGAUGCAGAGAAGGCGAGUGCUGCAAAACCGCCUUUCAGAAAGAGUGAGGGGAAUAGCGAUGAGGAAUUCGAAGAGGCGAAGGAGGUGCAGUAGUGAGCGAGAAACCGCUGCGUCUACUUCACUUCCUUUGCUCUUAUACCCUUCUCGCUUUAGGAUCUGGGUUCGUUGUAAUGAUGUACUGAUUGUAAUCUGUAGGGAAAGGGCUCGGGAUAUCCGAAGAAGCGAGCUACCGUCGGUCGGAUUCUCAUGAAAAGGUCUUGAGGUUUGGAUGAACAUUCGGGAUAACAUGGUUUGAGAAACAGCAUGCAUGGAUGGUUGAUGUUUCGGAAAAGGACUGAUUGAGUAUUAUGUAUCAUUACCCCUAGUCUUGCACCCGUGGACCUGGU